AUGACGCCUCCACUCAUCACCGACUUCAGUCGCUGUGUUCUGUCCGAGCGCCACAGCAUGUUGUUGGCCAGCGAUCGUGAGCUCGCACAGCAUAUGGUUGCGAAGCUAUGCAGAGAGGCAAUUGGUCAUCGCUCUGCAAGCCUGGCUUGGGCAUCCGGCACUAAAGUGCAAGCUGUUCACGCGAUCUUCUUGCUGUCCGUUGGUGCCUAUGCUAUCGCCUUGCCAAGAGCGGCGCCCGACUGGCUCGAAGAAAACAUCAUCGCCGAAGCAGGACGGAUAGGAAACGAAGUUUCGAAGCAGCAUAUGAUCUUCCAGGUCGCAGUGAGCGUCCUGGCUGCUCUGAAUCUGUUGUGUUCGGUGAUGCUUGUCCUCGCUUGCCGAGCAGUUCGUUCUGAAGCCAUAGCGAAGAUCAUCCAAGAGACUUGGGAGGAUGCAAGAUCUCAUUCGCACUUCGUUGCUGUUUUGCGCGAGAGCUACAGGAUUUCCAUGGGACUGUUGGCCAUGGUUGUGGUGAUUUAUGCACUUCUAAGUCGGCUGACCCGGCUGCCACAUCCAUUCGCUUUCGUCAUAGGAUGGAGCCCGGCCUUCCUCCCAGCUUGGGUGUUGCUUCAGCUGGUGACCUUCAUUCGCUUGAUGGCUGCUCUUUCCAUGAGCCAGGUCGAGGGAUUCUACUCGGAACUGGAGUCCAUAGGCUUGGUGAACAUUGAUGGCCGCGACUUUGCCAACGUAAAGUCAGGCCACUGGCUGUAUCUGCUUCGCAGGCAUCAGCAACUGCUCCAAGAUUUGAAGUCAAUGUCGAUGGCAAUCUCAUCGACCGUACUUGUGUUUCAAAACGUUGUGGCUGGUUCCAGCUUGUUGUUGCUGUGGGUUGCUCGCGCAUGUCAACUGGACGCUUGGGCCUCCUCUGGCUAUGUCCUCUUGGCCUUUACCAUGGGGUGCUCUGGCAUUUUUGCCAUGCUGCCCCUCGCAUACAUUACCGACCUAUGCCAGACCCGUCGCUUUGGCCGGCGAUCGUUGCUUGCGCUUGCGGAUAAGUACAGCGGAUGGCCCAUGGAAGAGAGUGUUCACUGCGAGUACAUGCGAUUCAUGCAGCAUCUCAACACGUCGGAGGCAGGAAUCUACAUUCCUACCAUGGGACUAGUCACCCGAUCGUCCCUCUCCCAGUUGGCUCACCAGCUCCAAACUCUGUCCAUCAACGAAGUCUGUUGCAUCUGCCCAGCCAUGCCUUCCACUCCGCUGGUGCUUCGCUUGGCGCUGGUUGCUGCUGCUGUCUUCUCAGGAGAUGCCGCGCGCCUGAAGCGAAGGACUCCACAACAGUUCUCUGGCGUGGACAGCGACGGGAAGACUCCUAUCCUGAUUGAGGUUGGCGCCGCUGGCUCAGGGCCCGCCUGUGACAAGAUCACCUGUGCGGAUCCUCUCACGUGCCCACCAGGCUUUCAGAAGACCAAGGUUGAUGGGCAUUGCUGCCCAUACUGCAUCAAUCCUGACAUCAAGAUCGAACCCGAGGUGACUGGUGCAACUGGCAAGGCAGGUGGCAAGAAGAGCACUCACUGCCCAGAGGUUUGGUGCUUCCCAACCAUGUGCACCAAGAAGGAGAUCAUGCCCACCUUCGACAACGGAAUGUGCUGCCCGCAGUGUCCCGAGUGA